CGUCUGACCUAUUUUCCCGCUCUGAAGUCGACAUUAUGUCAAUCAGAUAAAAGCUCCAUCUCUCCGGCCAGCUGAUCGAGCAGUGGACAAAACGAGGUUAGAUCUUAUCCCCUCUCCGCGUCUGUUGUUACCACAGCCUGCUCCUGAGCAGCUAAUGCUCCCGGAGGAUCUCUUUUCGUUCAAUGGAGAUUAGUUCACAUGUAAAGAGGCACGCUUCCUUAAUCCCGCAGUAAACACACGCGUGCUGGAGCCACUGGGCAACGUCAGUGCCACACGUGCUUCACCUGCAGGUCUCAUGCGGGAGAUCAGAGCAGGGCGCCCCAGUUCCCCCCGUGCCGCCACCUCACCUGCAGAUCACCCCCGCGAUAGUGGCGGGGGACGGAUGCGUCGAUGAGCUUUUGUGGGACAAGGGGAGGGGGGAGUCACGCGUCGGGGAACUACAUAAGGAAUAACCCUGAUUUAUUCCUUGUCUGUGUGUGUGUGUGUUUUGCUCCUGUGGUUGUGUGAAGCAGGGUCCGGACGCGCUCUCCAGGUGCACAGAGUAGGCUGAGCGCGCAGACAUGUCGGGUCGCUCUGCUGCAGAGAUGGAUGACUCGCAGGAGCUGCCGGAGCUGCCGACCAAGAAGGCCAAGCUUGAGAUCGACGGCAGACUGGAGAAAGAGCAGAGUAAUUUGGGCGACGAUGGGAGUCCGGUUGCUGUGAUUGUUCCGUUAGAGCAUGAAGGCUCUUACUCUGCGCUGUCCACAGCCCAGCUCGAUCCAGGUGAUCAGGAGCGCUCGGACGCAGACGCAGGAGCAGCACCUCCUCAAGCAUGCGGGGACUCGCUGAACUCGUACGCACAUUCUGCCGCAGACUCAACAGCGACAUCUGAAUUCACCCAACAGGUUUAUCAAGAAAGCAGCCCGGCUGUAACGUCGUACACCAGCCAGGUGGCCUUCCCUCCUCUGGCCCAGUCCACGGUGUACUCAGCCUUCCCCCAGACAGGCCAGACCUACGGCCUCCCGCCCUUCGGUGCUAUGUGGCCAGGCAUUAAAACAGAGACAGGGCUGCCUGAGGCGCCCUCUGGUGGCCAGCCUGGGUUUCUCAGCUUCAACGCCGCAUAUACCUCAACCCAGCCAGGCCAGCUGCACUACUCAUACCCGAGCCAAGGCUCCAGCUUCACAACAUCCAGCGUGUACUCGAGCAUCCCGUCAGCUACGGCGGCCACCACGACCUCCACCACAGCGGCCCACCAGGAGUUUAGCAGCUAUAACUCUCUGGGACAGAGUCAGUUCUCUCAGUACUACACGCUGCCUCCCAGCUACGUGCCCGCAGGGCUGCCCAGCAGCGACAACCACGGAGCCGCUGUGGGAGCGGCCGGAUACUCGGCUGUGAAGUCGGAGCAGGCCGCCUCGGCUGGACUCCCUCCCAGAGACGCGUCCCCACCUGAGAGCCUCCCGGCAGGUGCAGCCCUUCCUACCAGUGUGUCUCUCCCCGCCGGAGCCAGAGAUCAGGACGAGGUCGCACGCAGGAACUCUGUCGGCAAAGCGAAAGGAAAAGGCAAGAGGUCUGACAGCUCCCCGCCGGCUGACAGCGACCUGGAGCGUAUUUUUCUUUGGGAUCUGGAUGAGACCAUUAUUAUAUUCCACUCACUGCUCACCGGCUCCUACGCACAGAAGUUUGGCAAGGACCCAGCGUCAGUGCUGAACUUGGGCCUGCAGAUGGAGGAGCUGAUCUUUGAGCUGGCCGACACUCACCUUUUCUUCAACGACCUGGAGGAAUGUGAUCAAGUGCAUGUUGAGGAUGUUGCGUCUGAUGACAACGGACAGGACCUGAGUAACUACAACUUCGUGGCGGACGGCUUUAAUGGCUCCGGCGCUGGAGCGACCUCAGGAACCACCGCGGGGGUCCAGGGAGGGGUGGAGUGGAUGCGGAAACUGGCCUUUCGCUACCGCCGGCUAAAAGAGAUCUACAAUAACUAUAAAGGGAAUGUCGGAGGCCUGCUGAGUCCGAUGAAGAGGGAGCUGCUUCUGCGGCUUCAGUCUGAGAUCGAGAACGUGACGGACACGUGGCUCACCACGGCGCUCAAGUCUCUGCUGCUCAUUCAGUCCAGGGGGAAGUGCAUGAACGUGUUGGUCACCACCACUCAGCUGGUGCCAGCUCUGGCGAAGGUGCUGCUCUACGGCCUGGGAGACGUCUUUCCCAUCGAGAACAUCUACAGUGCCACUAAAAUAGGAAAGGAGAGCUGCUUUGAGCGGAUCGUCUCUCGCUUCGGGAAGAAAGUGACUUACGUGGUGAUAGGUGAUGGUCGAGAUGAGGAAUUUGCAGCCAAACAGCACAACAUGCCUUUCUGGCGGAUCUCCACUCACGGCGACCUCGUGUCCCUGCACCAAGCGCUGGAACUGGACUUCUUGUAAAGGAGGCGGCAUUGAAUGUCGCACACUAAAAAGGGAAAAAGUCGUCCUGUCGGUUUGUGCGAGAAAACCCUCCACAAGCCCCCGAACGAUACACACUCGCAUAUUAGAAAACCUGCCCUCAACUGACGACCGAGCAAAGACUCACUGUGUGAUGUGUGGCGGUGGCGUACUGAGGUGGACUUUGGGUCGGAGCUGACUGUGAGAAACGGACUGGAUGCAUCGUUCGGCUGAGUUAAAAGUUCCUCACGCCCAGCACUCCCUCCUCUACGGCAGCUAACCUCACCGCGGCUGAAACUGGCACUGAUUUGGACACCGAAGGGAAGACAUCCAUUUUUUUUUCUCCUCCUCGCUCUCAUUUUCUUUUAAAGUAUCAAAAUCUGCUGCAGUGAAACAAUCCCUCUUUUUUUAGUUCUUUCUCUCUGGAUUUAAACAACCAAAGGGCCGUUGUUGUUUGUUGGCAUUCUUGUUUGUUGUUGAUUUCUUUGUUCAGGCUUCAUGUUAAUGUCAAAGCAAGUUUGUUUUAAAAAAGACUCUUGGGUUGUUUUGCACUCACUCAAAGACUUGAAAGCAUCAUUUUAGAGACGUUAGAGAGUCAUAUCCAUUCAAGUGUUUAACAAGAGGAAGUAAAUAAGGUUAAAAAUAUGUAACUGGGUCGUGACCUCCCCUCCUGACCUGACAAACACAUCAUCGGUCAGCUGUCGUGACCUCUCCACGGUGCUGCAACGCGACGUGUGGUCGUUAUUUCACAUUCAGCGCGUGAUCUGUGGUCAGUGAGCAUGCGUGUUGAGAACCAGAGGCUCCGAAAAACUUCUGACAAACAGAAACAGAAACCGGCCCGUCUGUUAAACUCAUACCAGUUUUCCAUCAACAUGGAACCUGUUUCAUUCUGUUUCCCACUCUAAUUUAUAACCGUUUAGAGCAUUUAGACCAAAAACAAACUGGUUCAGAACCCGAAAAGUUGGUUCUGAGAUGAAACCAAAAAAUUUCAGGUUUUCCUUAACCUGAAGUACAAACCGUGAUUACAUCAGCUGGCGUGUUAUAUUCCAGCGGUUGGAAAGAGAGGAUCUAUUAUUUUCUUAUUUUGGGGUAAAAACAAAUAUCUGUAAGAAUUAGGGCUGGGUAUCGAUGCCUGAUAGCUUGAAGGUAUUGACCAGAGUAACCUGAUGCUCGCACUAUAGGCCCGCGACCAAGUCCCAAAUUUAAACCUCCUUUGCAUUUUUACACAGAACCAAAUAACAGCAGCACGCUGCUGCUCCAGCGUGAUCGCACACGGCAUGUAGGCAUCCUGCAGUUCAGAGGCGUGACAUGUAACACGACAGCGCUGGCCUCAAGAGAGACAUAAUGUACAUGACAGCAGCGCUUUAUAAACGUUUCUGUUAUAUGUAAGGAAAGUAAGGAGCUCCCAAAUCUCCAAAUCUCCAAAUCAGCCACUGCUCUUCUUUGAAUUAGCCGAUAAUUGCUAACAGCUGCUUUUAAAUCUCCCGCAGUGUGGUCACCAACAUAAUUCGUAAUCGAAACGUCAGACCUCCCCAUCAAGGUUGAAAUUAGCGCCAGCCAAACGCUGGUAAAACAUGCAAGUGGCUGCCGGAUUUGUUGAACUCAGCCAAAAAACACAAUCUACCAGCUGCAGUGGCAGGUGGACAGAAAAGUUCAUUUCCAACCCUGCUCUCCAUCACGGUCACGUCUUUGUUGCUUUACGCUCUACAUUAGUCUGAGCGCCGUUACGACCUCCCGUCCAGGCUCAGAGCCGAGACCACUCAGUCCCUCCUUUCCAGGAUCGGACGAUAAACACAGAAGUUGGCAAAACAGCAUAAUAUUCCCGCCUUAAACAGGCAGCGUAAACGCAUCUUUUCUCUCUCUCAUUGAUUGUUGAAGCUAAAUAAAAGCUCAGGCUACUUUAACGGUACCGCUAUCACAAUUUUGUCUACAAAACCCAGCCCCAUUAAUAACAAAAACAAAGUUCGCCUGAUUAUUAAACCCGAUUAUUGUCUCAUGAUCCGUCCCCGUGCUCUCAGCCUCUGACUCACUUUAAAGUUUCCUUUUCUCUCAGCGCAGACGUUUGUAGCAUCUCAUCACAGGAGGACGGCCGUGUUCUUACAGCAUUUACACAAUUUGACAAAACCAGGGCAAAAAAUAACGUGUUAGCCGGCAGGAUUACAUUUUAGGAUUCUGACACAUUGUCAUGUUGUAGCUACAAAACCAGAGUUUCUCUGUUUCUGUGACUCAGUGUCGUAAUGGUCAUUUACCAAAAAGGAAAUUGCAUAUUUCCCGAAGACAACAGAUUUUCUCAACUGCUUUUUAGUCAGUUUUCAAAAUUCACCGUAUUAGUUUUUAAACCUAGAGCUGCAACCAACAAUUAUUGUCUUAAUUGUUCGAUUGUUUUAUUCAAAGUUGCAACAAUUAGAUUGACUGAGAAGUUGAUCGUAAAAAAAUGUAUAAAAGUCAACUAUUCAAAUUGUCGUCAUUUUGGAUCAGCUUUCAAGCAAAAAAAUAACUAGAAUUUGCAGGUAACUGCUUCUCAAAUACGAGAGUUUGUUUUGUUUGACUUCUGUGAUGAGAGACUGAAUAUCUUUGGGGUUUCAGAGUGUUUGUAGGUGAAAACAACUCAUCUGAAGAGCUCACUUUGGGGUUUGGGAAACUGUGAGGAGCUUUAUCUACUUCAACCAAGCGAUUAAUUGAGAAAAUGAGAGCGAGUUGCAGCCCUAAUUUUCUCUAUAAAAUGUUCAAAAAAAGUCGUUUUAAAUGGCUGUAACAGUUUCCCAGAGCACAGUGUGACAUCUUUAAAUGUGUAAUGUUUGUCCAGAAGCCAAAUAUAUUCAGUUUACUAUCGUAGAGGAAGGAGAAAAACUGCAAAAAAAUAAAUGAAUUUCUGGUGUUGUUUGCUUAAAAAAUUACUCUAAUAGGUUAAUCAGUUGUCAAAAUAGUUGCAGACUCACUGAUGAAGUGUUUCAGCUCCAGUUACAACUUCAAUAUUAUCAGUUGUAUGUAACUGCAACCAGAUCUUUGAAUUUUCAGCCUAAAACCUCUUAAAGGCGUAUCGGAGGGGAAAAAUCACAAAGGACGAUGACUGUGCAAUACAUUUCUACUUUGCUCAUUGACUGUAUUUUGAGGGAUUUUUCAUUUUGUAGACGGUGAGAGAAGCCGGAGGGGUCGAUCGAUUGACUGUCUCCCGGUCCGUACGAGAUUACGACUGAACAAUACUGAGCCUGAAGAAGAUUUCGUAUUUACACACAUGCAGCUUGACCGUUAAGAAUGUGUAUUUGUGUGUAAUUUUUGUUAGUCUUGUGUGACUGUGCAUAUUUAUAUUGUGCCUUUAACCAUCACCUGUAUGCAUAAUCUCAAAGGGAAAUAUGU